CAUGUAGAAAUUAGACGUUCCGUUUUUUAUUUCGUUCAUUCAUUUCAAAUAAAUAACCGAGGCAAAAUCAAAUUUCAUUAUUCCAGAUUACGAGUUAAAUCGAAAACGUUAAAAUGGAAGUCUUCAUCGUUGCAUUAUUAACAUUAACCUAUUUGGUUUAUUAUUAUUAUAAAAAAUCGUUUCAAUAUUGGGAGAAGAAAGGUGUUGCUCAAAUUAAACCAAGUUUUCCAUUCGGAAACAUUGAGAACCCGAUGACAAGCAAAGGAGGAACCGUAAUGAAUUUAGCCGACUUACACAAACAAUUUAAAGCAAAAGGAGAAAAAAUCGGAGGGAUUUACGCCGGCUUCACCCCAAUGCUCCUCAUCGUCGACCCAGAUUGGGUUAAAAUCAUCGUAAGUAAAGAUUUUAAUUACUUUAAUAGCCACGCUGCGGUUUUCGACGAAAAAAGUGAGCCAUUAGAAGCGCAUCUCUUCAAUUUAGAAGGGGCCAGGUGGAAAGAUAUGCGAGUUAAAAUGACACCAACUUUUACCUCGGGAAAAAUGAAGAUGAUGUUCGACACUUUAUUAGUAUGUGGAAAUCAGCUUGAAGAAUUCAUCGGUUCCAACAAAAAAGAUUUAGAUGUAAAAGAAAUUUUAGCUUGCUUCUCCACCGACGUAAUCGGAUCUUGCGCUUUUGGAUUAGAAUGCAACAGCUUUAAAAACCCCAACGCUGAAUUUCGAAGACAUGGAAGAAGAUUAUUCGAGCCUAGCCUAAAAUUUCGAUUAACAAACGUCCUCACGAUGAUUUCUCCUUCGCUUGUAAAAAGUUUAAAGCUUCAUUUCACCGAUAAAUGCUCGUCGAAAUUUUUCCGGGGUGUUGUAAAAGAGACUUUUCAGUAUAGAAAAUCGAAAAAUGUUACCAGAAACGAUUUUAUGCAACUUUUAAUCAACCUGGAAGAAACUGCCAAAGAAAAUAAUAAACCGAUGUACACCAUUGAUGAAAUGGCCGCGCAAGCUUUCGUUUUCUUUUUGGCUGGAUUUGAAACGUCUUCAACCACGAUGAGUUUUUGUUUGUACGAAUUAGCUCAUGCUCAAGAUAUUCAAGAUAAACUUCGAAAAGAAAUUAACGAAACCAUUAAAAAGCACGGUGGAAAAUUAACUUACGAUGCAAUCAUGGAAAUGAAAUACAUGGACCAAGUCGUUAAUGAAACUUUAAGGAUGUAUCCACCAGUUCAUACUCUCCCAAGACUUUGCACUCAAACUUACAAACUUCCGAAUGGAUCAACCAUCGAGAAAGGUACUCAUGUUUUUAUAAGCUUAAUGGCUUUGCAAAGAGAUGAGGAAUAUUUCCCCGAGCCGAAUAAAUUUAACCCGGAUCGAUUUUCUGAUGAAAAUAAACGAAAUAUCACUCCGUAUACUUUCCUUCCAUUCGGGGAAGGACCAAGAAUUUGUAUUGGUCUACGUUUUGGAAUGAUGCAAACUAAAGUUGGAUUAAGUUUAAUUUUGAAAAAUUACAGAGUAACUCCUCAUGAAUCUCUAAGUUAUCCCAUGGAGUUUGAUAAUCAAUCUCCUGUUUUAUCUUCGAAAGGAAAAAUUAUACUCAAACAUGAAAGAGUGUAACUAAAUGUUGUUAUCCAGUAUAUUAUUGGUUUAUUAAUUUAAUAUUAUUGUAUUAUAUUUGGUUAUACAUUAUAAUAAUAAAAUGUCAUUCGUA